AUGGCGCAGGGAAGCGGCGGGGCGAGGCGAGGUGAAGCGGCGGGUGGAACUUUCCGUGGUGGUUUGUUGUGCGCGCACGUGGCGCUUUAUAACCCACGCGCGAAGCGGCACGACAACUUUGGUGCUAGGGAUACCGCAAUAAACUUCGCCCGGAUCCGCAGGGAGGAGCCAGCCUCCUAUACCCCCAACCAGCGUUUCGAGGACGAUUGCGACGCUGAACCCUACGUGAAGGGGAAACAGAAGAUGGGACGGACAUACGUCAAGCACCUCGAUCUCCGUUCAGACGGCACAAACCCUCAGGUCGUGGAGGAUGUUGCUCCCCUGGCAGCCGAAGUUGGCCAGGAGUUCCUGGACAAGCUGAACUUCCGGGGCCAGAAAAACAUAGCUCCGGCUUCCGACACUGGCACCAGCGAGGAGCCUCCUGCCAAGCGCUCCAAGAAGGACGGCGGUGGCAAGCCCUAUAGCAGGAAGCGGUACCGGUCUCAGAUGACGGUCGCUACCGGGCCUGCCCUGAGCCUCACCACGAGCGCCUCUGGUAUGAGGCCGGAAGCUUCUGAGGAAGCCGCCAGAACCUCUCCUCCUCCUCAAGCAAGUCCAGUACCAUCUGAAGCUGAAGACACCGGCGCCAGCAACAUCGGCGCCGGCACCGAAGAAGCGGAGCGGGCGGAACCUCCGGUUCCCCCGACUCCAAAGAAGAAGAAGAAGGCCACUGCCUUCCCCUCCGAGACCGUGCUGGAACCUUCCGCGCCAGCUGCCUCUCCUCCGGCCAAGGGAACACCGGAAACCCCUGCGCCCACUAAGGAGGCAACGCCAACUCCUCCGGCAGCUGCCGCCGGCAAACCAGCUGCCGCCGGCAAACCAGCUGCCGCCAAACCAGCUCCUCCGGAAGGCGCCAAGUUUACCGCCCAACAACUUGCUGCGGUGGUCACAGCAGCGACCUCCCCCUCCUACGGCUCGCGGUAG